ACUAAGUGAAUGUUUUUCUCUGUUCCAGGGAGUGCAUCAGUGUAGUUAAUCCCACUCCAUUCUUCCAAAGCUGUGUGUUUGACAUGUGUCAGUUCAAUGGCCAGCAGCACGUGCUGUGUGACCAGCUCCAGGCCUACACUGACGCAUGUCAUAGUGCUGGAGCCAAAGUCUACCCAUGGAGGACUCCAGACUUCUGCUCUCUCACCUGUCCUCCCAACAGCUCCUACUCCCUUUGUGUGAGUUCAUGUCCUGAGACAUGUCUUGGUGUGGUGGGACCACCUGGCUGUGAGGAAGUGUGUGUGGAGGGUUGUGAGUGUAACCCUGGCUUCAUUCUCAGUGAUGACAAAUGUGUGGAACUGAGAGACUGUGGUUGUGUGGACCCCAGUGGAACCUAUCACCCUGUGGGCGAUGACUGGUACUUGGAGGGUUGUGAACAAAAGUGUACGUGCCACAGUGGAGGUCUGCUACAGUGUCAUAACACCAGCUGUAACCCAACUACUGAGAGCUGCAAACUACAAGAUGGAGAAUAUGAAUGCCACCCUCUGGACCUGUGUCCACCUAACGCAGAGUAUAUAGAGUGCGGUCCAGCUUGCAUUCCUACAUGUAUGGAACCCUCUACCAACUGUUCUGGCUCCUGCAUCACUGGGUGUUUCUGCAAACCAGGCUUUGUCUUCAAAGGACGGCACUGCGUGCCAUUGGACAAAUGUGGUUGUUUAGAUGACAACAAUAACUAUUAUGAGCCUGGUGAGAUAGUAUUUGGAGACGGCUGCACAAAGCUGUGUCGCUGUGCAGGGAACUACACUUUGGAAUGUGUUGAUAACUCCUGUGACCCCACUGAAGAGUGUCGAGAGGUUAAUGGUGUUGCAGGCUGCUAUCCUAAAGGUACAUCCACGUGCGUCGCAUCUGGUGAUCCACACUACACCAGCUUUGACAAACGCAAAUAUGACUUCAUGGGCAACUGCAGCUAUCUGAUGUCUAGUCCAUGCAAUGACACAACUGUGCCCUACUUUGAGGUCCAUACUGACAAUGAUAACCGGUAUAACAGGCCGACCAUCUCCUAUGUGAAGGCCGUACAUGUAUACGCACAGAUGGUAAAGAUCUCCAUUCUCAAAGGUGGCACUGUGCAGGUUAAUGGGACCAAUGUCAAUCUGCCACUGUCCCCGGCCCCUGGUAUUUCUGUGUUCAAGUCAGGAAAACACUACACUGUCUCCAUGAACUUUGGUGUGAUGGUUCGCUAUGAUGGAAACACCUUCAUGGACAUCAAAGUGAUCGAAGACUAUCAGAACAAGCUGUGUGGCCUGUGUGGCAACUAUGAUGGAGAUACUAAAGAUGACUUCCGCAAACCAGAUGGAAGCUUAGCUGAAAAUACCAAUGACUUUGGACACAGUUGGAACAUGAAUCCAGAAUGCAAUAAGAAACCCAACACUACCAUCCCUGGGUGCAAUAAAGAAGAACAGGAACUGUAUGAAAGCUCUGGAUAUUGUGGCAUUCUGCUGGACAAAAAUGGACCUUUUGCUGUGUGCCAUCGCAAAGUCAACCCCAAUAAUUACUUCAGGGACUGUGUCUUUGACUUGUGUGAGCUGGAUGGAGCCAAGCCCAUUUUGUGUGAAGCCAUUGAAGCCUAUGUCAAUGAAUGCCAAGAUCGUGGGGUCAACCUUGGACCAUGGAGGAAUGAAACCUUCUGCCCACUGAACUGCCCCCCAAACAGCCACUACGAACCCUGUGCAGAUCCUUGUCAGGAAACAUGCUUUGGAAAACCCCCCUCCUGCUCUGGUCCCUGCUCUGAGUCCUGUGUGUGUGAUCCCAGCUACGUCCUGAGUGCUGGCAAGUGCGUUAAGGAGAACAUGUGUGGCUGCAACCACACGAACGGCCAGUAUUAUGAGCCCGGAGAGGAGUUUUUUGAGGAAGACUGCAAGCGAAAAUGUUGGUGUGGUCCAGCUGGAAUUACCUGUGAAGCCUCUGAAUGCCCCCCAAUGCAUGAAUGUAAACUUCAGCAUGGAGAGCUGGGCUGCUAUCCUACGAGCUUCCAGGAUUGUGUAGUUUCUGGGGAUCCACACUACAACACCUUUGACAAGAAGUACUACACCUUCAUGGGAACCUGUACUUACACACUGGCCAGAACCUGUAGGAACAGCACAGGCCCUUGGUUCUCUGUGGAGGCAAAGAAUGAAGAGAGAGGAGUUGCAGGAGUGUCAUACCUGAGGAAGCUAUAUGUGACAGUGGAUGGAAUUACUGUGACCCUGAUGAAGAGCAGUAGAACACUGGUGAACGGAGUACGGGUGGCUCUGCCCCACUCCCCCUCUCCUCUCAUGUCUAUUAGUCUUGCUGGUCAGUUCAUCACCCUUCAAACAUCCUUUGGCCUGAGGGUGCGUUGGGAUGGAAACCAUUAUGCCCAGAUCUCAGUUCCCAGCUCCUACUAUGACCAAAUGUGUGGCCUUUGUGGUGACUAUGAUGGGAACCCAGACAAUGACUUCACCAAACCAGAUGGCACUGUGGCAGGAAAUAGUAAUGACUUUGGGAACAGCUGGCAGACUGAAGUCGAUGAAGAUGACUCAUGUACCCCAGGAACAAAGCCUGAUCCAGACUGUGACCCCAACUUGGAAACUGAAGUUGUAAAACCAGAGAAAUGUGGUAAAAUUGCAGACCCUACUGGUCCCUUCCGGGAGUGUAUCAGUGUAGUUAAUCCCACUCCAUUCUUCCAAAGCUGUGUGUUUGACAUGUGUCAGUUGAAUGGCCAGCAGCACGUGCUGUGUGACCAGCUCCAGGCCUACACUGACGCAUGUCAUAGUGCUGGAGCCAAAGUCUACCCAUGGAGGACUCCAGACUUCUGCUCUCUGACCUGUCCUCCCAACAGCUCCUACUCCCUUUGUGUGAGUUCAUGUCCUGAGACAUGUCUUGGUGUGGUGGGACCACCUGGCUGUGAGGAAGUGUGUGUGGAGGGUUGUGAGUGUAACCCUGGCUUCAUUCUCAGUGAUGACAAAUGUGUGGAACUGAGAGACUGUGGUUGUGUGGACCCCAGUGGAACCUAUCACCCUGUGGGCGAUGACUGGUACUUGGAGGGUUGUGAACAAAAGUGUAUGUGUCACAGUGGAGGUCUGCUACAGUGUCAUAACACCAGCUGUAACCCAACUACUGAGAGCUGCCAACUACAAGAUGGAGAAUAUGAAUGCCACCCUCUGGGAAAUGGUAUCUGUUCAGUUUCUGGUGAUCCUCACUACAUAACCUUUGAUAAACGCACUCACCAUUACAUGGGUUCAUGCUCCUACACCUUGACCAAACCCUGCAAUGUCUCCUCCGGCUUGCCACAUUUCGCGGUCCAUACCCAGAAUGAGCACAGAGGAAGUAAUAAGAAGGUUUCCUAUGUGAGGGCUGUGGUGAUCAAUGUGAAUGGUAUCACUGUCAUCCUUGGCAAGGGACACACGGUCCAGGUCAAUGGCACUGCGGUUGUUCCACCUGUUACCUCCAUCAGUGGAGUUAAGAUCUACAUGAGUGGAAAGUUUGUUGUCCUAGAAACAUCUUUUAAUCUGAGGGUGCGUUUUGAUGGAAACCAUCAUGCUGAUGUCACUUUGCCAACUUCCUACAACGGCCUACUCUGUGGGAUGUGUGGAAAUUUCAAUGGGGACCCUAACGAUGACAACUUGAAACCAGAUAACGCACCAGCUGCUAACACCAAUGAGCUAGGAGACAGCUGGCAGGUUGCUGACUCAGAUCCCGAAUGUACUGAUGGUACAGAAGAAGAAGAUUGUGAUGUAAAGGUGGAGGAAGAGGCCACGAAGCCUACCAGCUGUGGCAUGAUCACUGAUCUCAACGGAAUCUUUAAGCCCUGCCACUCUGUUGUGUCCCCUGAGCCAUACUUUGAGAGUUGUGUAUUCGACAUGUGUGCCACUGGAGGUGAGACCGUGGCUCUGUGCCAGGCCAUAGAGACCUACGCCGACAUGUGUGCUGCUGCAGGAGUCCUUAUUGAAUGGAGGACGAACACCUUCUGCCCUCUGAAGUGCCUCCCCGGCAGUCAUUACACCCCAUGCGGCCCUGCAUGUCCUCAGCCGAGCUGUCAGAACCCUGCAGGCCACGGCGGCUCUUGCAAUCUUCCCUGUGUGGAGGGCUGCAUCUGUGACACUGGCCUCAUCCUCAGCGGAGACAAAUGUGUCCCACUCAGCCAGUGUGGAUGCACUGAUGAUGAUGGGAAAUACAGGCCGGUUGGAGACAGUUGGUUCACAAAGGCUGACUGCUCAGAGCAAUGCAAGUGUGCUGGAAACAACAACAUCAGCUGUGAGUCUUGGCAGUGCAGCCCUGCACAGGAGUGCAAAGUGGUGGAAGGAGUACUAGGCUGUCAUUCGACAGGUAAAGGAGUGUGUCAUGUAGCUGGAGAUCCGCACUACUACACUUUUGAUGGUGUGAUGCACACGUUCAUGGGAACUUGCACAUAUACUCUGGUGGAGGUGUGCAACGCCACCCAAGUCACUCCCUUCAACAUAGUGGCUAAGAAUGAGGAACGUGGUCAACCAGAGGCGUCAUAUGUUCGCUCUGUGAAAGUCACCCUGUACCCUGGCACUGUUAUUGAACUGCAAAAGAGCCGCAGAGUUCUGCUGAACGGACAGCGGGUGAAAACCCCAGUUUCCGUUGACUUGGUCGGAGCUAAAGUGAUAACCAGCGGAGCUUAUAGUCUGCUGGACACAAACUUUGGUCUACAGGUGAAAUUUGACGGAGUCCAUCACGUAGAGAUCACUGUUCCAGGAGAAUAUUUUGAUAAGGUGUGUGGCAUGUGUGGAAACUACAACCAGAACCCCUCUGAUGACAACCUAAUGCCCAACAAGAAACCAGCCAAGGAUGACAUUGAACUGGGAAACAGCUGGAAAUCAGAUGGAGACAGUGAUCCUGGUUGUCAGCCAGACACCCGUCCAGACAUCCACCCAGACUGUAGCGAAGCAGAAGAGACGCUGUACAAGGUUCAGUGUGGUGGGGUCAUCCUCUCCAAUAACUUCAAGCCGUGCCACGCUCUAGUGCCCCCUGAGGCUUUCCUGGGUAACUGCAUCUAUGACAUGUGCGAGUAUGACGGCAUGCAGACUACGCUCUGUGACAACGUGGAGGCAUAUGCUCAGGCCUGUCAGAGUGCCGGUGUCACCAUCAGCUGGAGAAACAGCAGCUUUUGCCCCCUGCCCUGUCCUCCUAACAGCCACUACUCAGACUGCACAGCCCCCUGCCCUCCCACGUGCUCUGACCUCUUCCCUGUCUUCUGCCAUCUUCCUCCAACUACUUGUCUCGAGGGCUGCCAGUGCAAUGCUGGUUACGUCCUCAGUGACAGCAAGUGUGUUACUCUGGACCAGUGUGGCUGUCUGGACUCGAACAGAGAGUACCAUGAUGUAGGAGAUUUGUGGCUAACAGAUAAAUGCACUGAGUCGUGUACCUGUAAACCUGGUGGUGAAGUCAGAUGUGAGGACCACAGCUGUAAUUCUAAUUCACUGUGUGACCUGGACAAGAAUGGAAACCGCUACUGCAGACCCACCGAGUUCAAUAAGUGCAGCAUCUCCGGGGAUCCUCACUACCUAACAUUCGAUGGCUUCAAGCAUCACUUCCAAGGUUUCGACACCUAUGAACUUGCUCUGGGUCACAACCUGUCGAGCUCCCUGACGCCCCUGGUGGUGAGAGGAAAGAACGUUAGACGUGGAUUGAACAAGAGGGUGUCGUUCCUGGAGGAGAUGUACAUCGAUGUUUACGGUGUCAAUGUUAAAUUCCUGCAGAAGAAGACUGUCCUGGUCAACGGGGAGUAUGUAACACCUCCUCUCACACCAGUUGAUGGUUUGACCAUCACAAGGAACUCCAGGCAGAUCCAGCUCACCACUGACUUUGGACUCACUGUACGCUUUGAUGGCAACAAUCGAGGAGAAAUCAUACUUCCUGGUACCUAUAAGAAUUCUGUUAGAGGACUGUGUGGGAACUAUGAUGGCAUCACCAGAAAUGAAUACAUGAAGCCAGAUGGGACAGUAGUCAGGGAUCUGACUGAAUUUGGAGAUAGUUGGAAGGUCAAUGACCGACCAGCCAACAGACUUAGGAUCUUGGACCGUCCUAUCCGUGCACUGAGACAAGAAGCAGAGACUGAUCCAGACUCAGGGUUCGAGGUGUCAGACUGCUCUCAGUCACAGUUCAGCGACUACAACAGCCUGACAAAGUGUGGGGCGCUGUCUGAUUCCAGUGGGCCAUUUGCUGCCUGCCACGCCACCGUGCCACCCCAAAUCUACCAGGAAGACUGUCUGUUUGACCUGUGUGCUGAGGGAGGCAGUGACGCUCUGCGCUGUGCCAGUUAUGAAGCAUAUGCUGCAGCUUGUCAACAGGCUGGAGUUACAUUAGGAUUGUGGAGGCAGCAGCUGGACUGCGUCCUCUCUUGCACCGCCAACAGCACUUACUCCCCCUGCAUGUCAUCUUGCCCCGCCUCCUGCGCCAACCUGGCAGCACCCUCGGAGUGUGAAGUCACUUCUUGUGUGGAAGGCUGCCAGUGUGCCGCCGGCUUUGUAAUGAGUGAGGGGACUUGUGUGCCAUAUGCACAGUGUGGCUGCACCUUCCUCAACAGAUACUACCCUCUCAAAGAGAAGUUUGUGACCGAGGACUGCUCUCAGUCUUGUGAGUGUAGCAGUACCGGUGCUGUGUGUGAGCUGAAGACCUGCCAGGACGGUUACAUGUGCACCAUCUACAACUUCAAACGUGACUGCUACAAAGCAAGUCCCUGCCUCAGUUACCCCUGUUUGAAUGAAGGCACAUGUCAGGACUCGGGCAACAACACGUACACCUGUCUGUGUGCAGAAGGCUUUGAAGGCACAAACUGUGAGAGGGAAGUGAUACCACCCACCGGUGGAGGACUUGAAACUAAGUGGAUUAUCCUGAUUGCGGUUCUGGUCCCAGUUGCUGUCAUUAUCAUCACCGUGACUACCGUUGUUCUUGUUUGCAAAAAGAAAACCAUGAAAAAGAAGAACAAUCAGACAAAUAUCAGCAUGGAAUCAACAAGUGUUCCAUAUACAAACAAUGAAAACCAGAAAAAGGUGAAAGUCACUGCUUUUUGAUGACGAACUUCAAUGAAACUAUUUUUUCUCUAUGUAACCACUUGUAAUCAAAGAAGAGUAAAAAUGAAGAUAAGACUUGCUUAUUUGUUGCUUUUUUAAGUUAUACUUGAACAUGUCAUUUGAAGUGAAUGUUUAAUUAAAUAAAUACUUAUAUCUGUA